AUGCGGCUCACGUACGAUCCCACACAUUCGUCUGCAUGUCUGAGACAGCACCAGGACAGCACCAGGACAGACACCAGGACAGACACCAGGACAGCACCAGGACAGACACCAGGACAGCACCAGGACAGACACCAGGACAGCACCAGGACAGACACCAGGACAGCGCCAGGACAGCACCAGGACAGACACCAGGACAGCACCAGGACAGACACCAGGACAGACACCAGGACAGCACCAGGACAGCACCAGGACAGCACCAGGACAGACACCAGGACAGCACCAGGACAGACACCAGGACAGACACCAGGACAGCACCAGGACAGACACCAGGACAGCACCAGGACAGACACCAGGACAGCACCAGGACAGACACCAGGACAGCACCAGGACAGACACCAGGACAGACACCAGGACAGACACCAGGACAGCACCAGGACAGACACCAGGACAGCACCAGGACACCACCAGGACAGACACCAGGACACCACCAGGACAGACACCAGGACAGCAUCAGGACAGACACCAGGACAGCACCAGGACAGACACCAGGACAGCACCAGGACAGACACCAGGACAGCACCAGGACAGACACCAGGACAGCACCAGGACAGACACCAGGACAGACACCAGGACAGCACCAGGACAGACACCAGGACAGCACCAGGAGAGACACCAGGACAGCACCAGGACACCACCAGGACAGACACCAGGACAGCAUCAGGACAGACACCAGGACAGCACCAGGACAGACACCAGGACAGCACCAGGACAGCACCAGGACAGCACCAGGACAGACACCAGGACAGACACCAGGACAGCACCAGGACAGACACCAGGACAGACACCAGGACAGACACCAGGACAGCACCAGGACAGCACCAGGACAGACACCAGGACAGCACCAGGACAGACACCAGGACAGACACCAGGACAGACACCAGGACAGACACCAGGACAGCACCAGGACAGACACCAGGACAGCACCAGGACAGACACCAGGACAGCACCAGGACAGACACCAGGACAGCACCAGGACAGACACCAGGACAGCACCAGGACAGACACCAGGACAGACACCAGGACAGCACCAGGACAGACACCAGGACAGACCCAGGACAGCACCAGGACACACCAGGACAGACACCAGGACAGCACCAGGACAGCACCAGGACACACCAGGACAGCACCAGGACAGCACCAGGACAGACACCAGGACAGCACCAGGACACCAGGACAGACACCAGGACAGCACCAGGACAGACCACAGGACAGCACCAGGACAGACACCAGGACAGACACCAGGACAGAACCAGGACAGCACCAGGACAGCACCAGGACAGCACCAGGACAGACACCAGGACAGCACCAGGACAGACACCAGGACAGCACCAGGACAGACACCAGGACAGCACCAGGACAGACACCAGGACAGCACCAGGACAGACACCAGGACAGACACCAGGACAGACACCAGGACAGCACCAGGACAGACCAGGACCAGGACAGCACCAGGACAGACACCAGGACAGCACCAGGACAGACACCAGGACAGCACCAGGACAGCACCAGGACAGCACCAGGACAGCACCAGGACAGCACCAGGACAGCACCAGGACAGCACCAGGACAGACACCAGGACAGACACCAGGACAGCACCAGGACAGACACCAGGACAGACACCAGGACAGACACCAGGACAGACACCAGGACAGCACCAGGACAGCACCAGGACAGCACCAGGACAGCACCAGGACCCCAGGACAGACACCAGGACACCACCAGGACAGACACCAGGGCAGCACCAGGACACACCACCAGGACAGACACCAGGACAGCACAGGACAGACACCAGGACAGCACCAGGACAGACACCAGGACAGCACCAGGACAGACACCAGGACAGCACCAGGACAGCACCAGGACAGACACCAGGACAGACACCAGGACAGCACCAGGACAGCACCAGGAAGACCACCAGACCAGGACAGCACCAGGACACCAGGACAGACACCAGGACAGCACCAGGACAGACACCAGGACAGCACCAGGACAGCACCAGGACAGCACGGACACACCAGGACAGACACCAGGACAGCACCAGGACAGACACCAGGACAGCACCAGGACAGCACCAGGACAGACACCAGGACAGCACCAGGACAGACACCAGGACAGACACCAGGACAGACACCAGGACAGACACCAGGACAGCACCAGGACAGCACCAGGACAGGACACCAGGACAGCACCAGGACAGCACCAGGCAGCACCAGGACAGACACCAGGACAGCACAGGACACCACCAGGACAGCACCAGGACAGCACCAGGACAGACACCAGGACAGCACCAGGACAGACACCAGGACAGCACCAGGACAGACACCAGGACAGCACCAGGACAGACACCAGGACAGCACCAGGACAGACACCAGGACAGGACACCAGGACAGCACCAGGAGAGACACCAGGACAGCACCAGGACACCACCAGGACAGACACCAGGACAGCACCAGGACAGACACCAGGACAGCACCAGGACAGCACCAGGACACCACCAGGACAGCACCAGGACAGACCACCAGGACAGACACCAGGACAGCACCAGGACAGACACCAGGACAGCACCAGGACAGACACCAGGACAGACACCAGGACAGACACCAGGACAGCACCAGGACAGACACCAGGACAGCACCAGGACAGACACCAGGACAGCACCAGGACAGACACCAGGACAGCACCAGGACAGACACCAGGACAGCACCAGGACAGCACCAGGACAGCACCAGGACAGACACCAGGACAGCACCAGGACAGACACCAGGACAGCACCAGGACAGACACCAGGACAGCACCAGGACAGACACCAGGACAGCACCAGGACACACCAGGACAGACACCAGGACAGCACCAGGACAGGGACAGACACCAGGACAGCACCAGGACAGACACCAGGACAGACCAGGACAGACACCAGGACAGCACCAGGACAGGACACCAGGACAGACACCAGGACAGACACCAGGACAGACACCAGGACAGACACCAGGACAGCACCAGGACAGACACCAGGACAGCACCAGGACAGACACCAGGACAGCACCAGGACAGACACCAGGACAGCACCAGGACAGACACCAGGACAGACACCAGGACAGACACCAGGACAGCACCAGGACAGACACCAGGACAGCACCAGGACAGACACCAGGACAGCACCAGGACAGACACCAGGACAGACACCAGGACAGACACCAGGACAGCACCAGGACAGACACCAGGACAGCACCAGGACAGCACCAGGACAGACACCAGGACAGCACCAGGACAGACACCAGGACAGCACCAGGACAGACACCAGGACAGACACCAGGACACACCAGGACAGACACCAGGACAGCACCAGGACAGACACCAGGACAGCACCAGGACAGACACCAGGACAGCACCAGGACAGCACCAGGACAGACACCAGGACAGCACCAGGACAGACCAGGACAGACACCAGGACAGCACCAGGACAGCACCAGGACAGCACCAGGACAGCACCAGGACAGACACCAGGACAGCACCAGGACAGACACCAGGACAGCACCAGGACACACCAGGACAGACACCAGGACAGCACCAGGACAGACACCAGGACAGCACCAGGACAGACACCAGGACAGACACCAGGACAGACACCAGGACAGCACCAGGACAGCACCAGGACAGCACCAGGACAGCACCAGGACAGACACCAGGACAGACACCAGGACAGCACCAGGACAGCACCAGGACAGACACAGGACAGCACCAGGACAGACACCAGGACAGACACCAGGACAGACACCAGGACAGCACCAGGACAGCACCAGGACAGCACCAGGACAGACACCAGGACAGCACCAGGACAGACACCAGGACAGACACCAGGACAGCACCAGGACAGACACCAGGACAGCACCAGGACAGCACCAGGACAGACACCAGGACAGCACCAGGACAGACACCAGGACAGCACCAGGACAGCACCAGGACAGACACCAGGACAGCACCAGGACAGCACCAGGACAGACACCAGGACAGCACCAGGACAGACACCAGGACAGCACCAGGACAGACACCAGGACAGCACCAGGACAGACACCAGGACAGACACCAGGACAGACACCAGGACAGCACCAGGACAGACACCAGGACAGCACCAGGACAGCACCAGGACACACCAGGACAGACACCAGGACAGCACCAGGACAGACACCAGGACAGCACCAGGACACACCAGGACAGACACCAGGACAGCACCAGGACAGACACCAGGACAGCACCAGGACAGACACCAGGACAGCACCAGGACAGACACCAGGACAGCACCAGGACAGACACAGGACAGCACCAGGACAGCACAGGACAGCACCAGGACAGCACCAGGACAGACACCAGGACAGACACCAGGACAGCACCAGGACAGCACCAGGACAGACACCAGGACAGCACCAGGACAGCACCAGGACAGACACCAGGACAGCACCAGGACAGACACCAGGACAGCACCAGGACAGCACCAGGACAGACACCAGGACAGCACCAGGACACCACCAGGACAGACACCAGGACAGCACCAGGACAGACACCAGGACAGCACCAGGACAGACACCAGGACAGCACCAGGACAGACACCAGGACAGACACCAGGACAGACACCAGGACAGACACCAGGACAGCACCAGACACCCAGGACAGACACCAGGACAGCACCAGGACAGACACCAGGACAGCAUCAGGACAGACACCAGGACAGCACACAGGACAGACACCAGGACAGACACCAGGACACCACCAGGACAGACACCAGGACAGCACCAGGACAGACACCAGGACAGCACCAGGACAGACACCAGGACAGCACCAGGACAGACACCAGGACAGACACCAGGACAGCACCAGGACAGACACCAGGACACACAGACAGCACCAGGACAGCACCAGGACAGACACCAGGACAGCACCAGGACAGACACCAGGACAGCACCAGGACAGACACCAGGACAGCACCAGGAAGACACCAGGACAGCACCAGGACAGACACCAGGACAGCACCAGGACAGACACCAGGACAGCACCAGGACAGCACCAGGACAGACACCAGGACACCACCAGGACAGACACCAGGACAGCACCAGGACAGACACCAGGACAGCACCAGGACACCACCAGGACAGACACCAGGACACCAGGACAGCACCAGGACAGCACCAGGACAGACACCAGGACACACCAGGACAGACACCAGGACAGCACCAGGACAGCACCAGGACAGCACCAGGACAGCACCAGGACAGACACCAGGACAGACACCAGGACAGCACCAGGACAGCACCAGGACAGCCCAGGACAGACACCAGGACACACACCAGGACAGCACCAGGACAGACACCAGGACAGCACCAGGACAGACACCAGGACAAACACCAGGACAGACACCAGGACAGACACCAGGACAGACACCAGGACAGACACCAGGACAGACACCAGGACAGACACCAGGACAGACACCAGGACAGACACCAGGACAGACACCAGGACAGACACCAGGACAGCACCAGGACAGACACCAGGACAGCACCAGGACACCACCAGGACAGACACCAGGACAGACACCAGGACAGCACCAGGACAGCACCAGGACACCACCAGGACAGACACCAGGACAGACACCAGGACAGCACCAGGACACAGGACAGCACCAGGACAGCGCCAGGACAGACACCAGGACAGACACCAGGACAGCACCAGGACAGACACCAGGACAGCACCAGGACAGCACCAGGACAGACACCAGGACAGCACCAGGACAGACACCAGGACACCACCAGGACAGACACCAGGACAGACACCAGGACACCACCAGGACAGCACCAGGAAACCACCAGGACAGCACCAGGAGACCACCAGGACAGACACCAGGAUGGAGUUAGCGUGCUGAUCCGCCAUUGA